AUCAGGUACCCCUCCCCAAACUUCUUACUCGAGUUCUCCAGGUGGGCCCACCGUGGGAGACACCCCUACAAUCCCUGCGUGACCUCUUCUAAUUGCCGCUUGGUGACCUAAGGACCCCGUUUUGUUGCACAUUCCUCCAGGGCGCAGUUUUUACCCAGCUUUCUUCCUCUUCCUUUGGUUUCAUCCAGUCCCCUCGUCCACCACAUCCCGUCCUGGUCCUCAACCCUAGUCCCCAUGGUCCCAGAGCCGGGCCCUGUCAACAAUAGCACCCCAGCCUGGGGGCCCGGGCCACCGCCUACCCCAGGGGGAAGCGGCUGGGUGGCCGCCGCGAUGUGUGUGGUCAUCGUGCUGACAGCGGCCGCCAAUUCUCUGCUGAUCGUACUCAUUUGCACGCAGCCCGCGCUGCGCAAUACGUCUAACUUCUUCCUGGUGUCGCUCUUCACGUCGGACCUGAUGGUGGGGUUGGUGGUCAUGCCCCCGGCCAUGCUGAACGCGCUGUAUGGGCGCUGGGUGCUAGCGCGCGGCCUCUGCCUGCUUUGGACCGCCUUCGACGUGAUGUGCUGCAGCGCCUCCAUCCUCAACCUCUGCCUCAUCAGCCUGGACCGCUACCUGCUCAUCCUCUCGCCGCUGCGUUACAAGCUGCGCAUGACAGCCCCGCGUGCCUUGGCGCUCAUCCUGGGUGCCUGGAGCCUCGCGGCGCUUGCCUCCUUCCUGCCUCUGUUGCUGGGCUGGCACAAACUGGGCAACUCUCGGACACCUGCCCCCGGCCAGUGCCGCCUAUUGGCCAGCCUGCCUUAUGUCCUCGUGGCAUCCGGACUCACCUUUUUCUUGCCUUCAGGUGCCAUCUGCUUCACCUACUGCAGGAUCUUGCUGGCCGCCCGCAAGCAGGCGGUGCAAGUGGCCUCGCUCACCACGGGCAUGGCUGGCCAGGCCUUGGAGACCUUGCAGGUACCCAGGACCCCACGCCCAGGGAUGGAGUCUGCUGACAGUAGGCGCUUGGCCACCAAGCAUAGCAGGAAGGCCUUGAAGGCCAGCCUGACCCUGGGCAUCCUGCUGGGCAUGUUCUUUGUCACCUGGCUGCCCUUCUUUGUGACCAACAUAGCUCAGGCUGUGUGCGACUGCAUCUCCCCAGGCCUCUUUGAUGUCCUCACGUGGCUCGGGUACUGUAAUAGCACCAUGAACCCCAUCAUCUAUCCUCUCUUCAUGCGGGACUUCAAGAGGGCCCUGGGCAGGUUCCUGCCAUGCAUCCACUGUCCCCCCGAGCACCGGGCCAGCCCUGCAUCCCCCUCCAUGUGGACUUCUCACAGUGGUGCGAGACCAGGCCUCAGCCUGCAGCAGGUUCUGCCGUUGCCUCUGCCGCUGAACUCGGAUUCAGACUCGACUUCAGGGGGCACCUCAGGCCUGCAGCUCACAGCCCAGCUCCUAUUGCCUGGAGAAGCGACCCGGGAGCCCCUGCCACCCACCAGGGCCGCUGCUGUGGUCAACUUCUUUGUCAAGGACUCUGCGGAGCCUGAGAUACGGCAGCAUCCGCUCAGUUCCCAUAUGAACUGACCGGGUCGAGAGCUGGCCAGUGGAGAACCACAUCCCGGAGACCUCAGUCCACACUUCCUAAGACUGGGAGAUGGUAGCCCUCCUGGGAGCCAGCUGAGCCCCAUGAGGCAUCCUCAGCUAGCCCCCAUCUGCUGCUACAGGCCUCUUGACAUGAGGGGAGAUCAGACACAGCUCUGUGGUUUGUGUAGUGUGGCUGGGGGACUCAGGGAGAUGGGCCAUUUGGUUCAGGCCAGCAGGAAAGCAAUCUAUUUUAGUCCUUUCUCUCUUGGUGGGUGGAAAGAACACCCAUCUAGACACCCACCCUGGUUCUUGUCUGGCCCAAUCCCCUGCUAUCCAAAGUGCCGUCUAUGGGAUAUUGGGGCUCUCAUAGGCCCUGGGGAGUUUAUUCAAAUGCUCACCCUCUCCACUGAAGAUGUGUUCAAUCAAAAUUGUAUGAUCAUGAGCUUUUCCACAUAUGCAUUGGCGGGAGACUUCAGACUUGCCAACCCCUAGGAUGGGAAUUGCAAUACUAAAGAGCACCUUAGGCUGGAAGCCAGGCAGCCAGAAACAUGACCCUUUCCUCAACUGUAUACGGCAGUUUGGGGCCUUGGCACAGGUUUCAAGGAAGAGUAACGAUGCCACCUUAUAAGACAACGUCAAUAGUGUGCCCAGCACUAGUGAGGGGUCAGUAGGUGGUAAGUUCUGUUGCUUUAACUCCUGGUCAGCCAGGGCCUGGGUCUGGUAGAAAGCUGUUAAGCCCCUCUCCCCCUUUCCUCCUUGCCUCUCUUCUCUCUCUUUAUCUCCCUUUUAUUUAUUUAUUUAUUUUCUAGGAUCUCAUGUAACCCAGGCUGCCCUCAAGUUGCCACAGGGAUGUGCCCUGUGUGGCCAAGGAUGACCUUGAACUUCUGAUCCUCUUGCCUCUACCUCCCAAGUGCUGGGAUCACAGGCAUGUAGCACACACCAGGUUUGUGUGGUGGUGGAUAGGACCUCAGGGCUCCAAGAGUUCUAGAAAACAAUCUAUCAACUGAGUUAUGUCCCCGGUAACCCCCUUUUUUUCUGUUAGGACAGCCUUGCACAUACUAGGCAAGGGCUCUCCACGGAGCCACACCUCAGCCCCACUGUUCUUUCACAGCCUAGAUUCCCAUACCCUAAAUCAGGCUCCCAGACUCCUCAUUCUGGUGGGUGGGGGACCCCACCACUCAGGGACCCUUCCAGCCCCAUCUGCUGUUCUGCCUCUAGGGGCUUCUGACAGAUCUCGUGCAACCUCAAGAGUGGGUUUGCUCCACCCCGGGCUUCCUGGAGAGGAAGCGGCCGAUGGAAGCGGGGCCCACUUCCUCAUCCUGCUUCCUUUGGUCCUCCCUAAAGACAGCUGCUUGGGUGGGCAGAGCACAGUGGAAGACGAAAUGUCCCUGGCUUGGGGGUGAAGCCACAGAUAAGCAGGUGGGCUCUGGCUUUGGCCUGGCUUUUGUGGGUAAGGGCGGGGGACUCUUGGUUCCAUGCUUCCCUCAUGUUCCAUCAACCAGGCUCCCAGGCUCGUCCUGAGCGGCCAGGAGCUCUCCUUGGUGCUGAUCACAUUCAACUGGGCCCUGGCAGCAGGGUUUCGGUGCUUGCCUCUGGGCCUGCCUGAGGGACUCAAUAAACACGAGCUGAAGGAA